AUGCUGCUCUACAAGUGCACUUCCUGCCAGGAAUUUAUCCAGGUUACCAAAGCACGCUUAACAUGUAGCACUUGCUCACCACCCAUCACCCUAUGUGCCAACUGCUAUGUCGUGCAGGACUAUCCCCCGAAGCAUCCAGAUGGUGCCUCGCAUUCUCUUUCAGUAUACCAGCAUAGCGGCUAUCUCCCAGCCCCGCCUCCUCCACCAGUACGAACUCAGUCUGUCAGCGGCGUGUAUAAAGCCGCGCUUGUUUCUCCACGACGAAGGCCCGUUUCUGCUGUUCCAGAUACCGAAGUGCCGCCCAGGAAGCCUCCUCGCCCGACCAAGCAGCCAGAAGUCCAACCUGAAGUAGGUGCUGGCGAACCGGUGUCGAGACCAGGCUCCUCCCAGCCGUCAACACCAUUACCGCCAGAUACGCCGCAGCAAAGCACCGAGCAAGAUCGUGAACAACAACAGCAACAUAAAAAGCCUCCACAACCGCGACAAUAUCCCCAGGAUCAACAGCCACCGCCACCACAGCGUCCACAGCUAGAACAGACCCAGUCUCAGCAAUCACAAUACCAAUAUCAAUACCAUCAGGAAUACCCACAACAUCAACAACCCCAGCAACAUCAGCAACAAUAUCAACCUUCUGGGUGGACCUAUUUCUUCAACCAAGAUAUGACACCCACUCCCUGCUUCUCCGCCCUAAUUAAAGAAUUCUUCCACCAUCUGGACCUAAAACGCACCGGCCUUCUCAGUCCGGAGACCUGCUCAGAGUACAUCGAUGCCUGUGGUGCGGCCCCGAGCCACAAUGUUUGGAAAGCCAGCCGUGCCAGAAACCCCCGAGGCUACGACGUGGCUGACCGCGAACUAGCAGACCAUUACACCUCCUACGGCAUCGACUUCGUCCUACACCCGCGAACCCCAGCCUCAUCACCGACAGCAUCCCCAUUUAACCCCCGCUCAAUCUUAUCAAACUCCCAGCACGUCAUAAUGGAGCACAUCCUGUCCUCAGUUCCCUCCGUAUCCGGAAACCAAAAACCCAUGCUUACCCUCCACGGCUGGACAAGCCUGAACAUUUGCGGUGCCCUGAUUAACCCGUCCGGGGCAUGGGGCGAUCUUAAUCGUGCAAUGCGCAAUUAUCGACUCCCCCUCUGGUCAAAGUGGGGUGAUAUCCCAAGAGAGAUGUUACCAUCGGCACCGCACCAGCCGGAGGUAGAGCGUGUGCGAAUUAUGCAUGAGGGGGCGCGGAUUAAUGCUGAGCGGGAACUUGAUGCGGUGAAGGCUAGGUUAAUGAUCGAAAAGCAGGGCCGGCAGGCUGCUUUGGAUCUGCUUGAUGAUCGGAGGUAUGUUUAUCGGUAA